UAUACUGAACCAGAUUAAAAUUAACAUCUGGUAAUAUAAAAAUCGAACCGGGAUGAGGAUAAAGAAUCAACGACGGAAUCUAUCUAUGGCUACUGUAACCGCUUCGCUUCGUCUUCAACCUCUAUCAUCACUCUCCUCGUCUUCCUCUCCUCCUCCAAGCUCGAGACCUCUCUAUCUCAAGUUUCACACCUCACACCGCGAAAAUCUAAGAUACCUCUCGUCUCUCGGCGUAAUCCCUCAGAAUCCAAGACUCGCUCCUCCGGUGGACAACCUUCCGGCGAUCCUCUCCGCCGUGAACUUCCUAAAAUCAAAAGGAAUCUCCGACGGAGACUUCCCUCGCCUCGUCUACCUCUGCCCGCAGCUCUUCUCUCCGACUUUCUCCAUCUCCGAAACCGAUCCCGUCUUCGAUUUCCUCGCCGGCGAGCUCGGAGCCUCCGCCGCGGAAUCCAGAGGACUGAUCGUGAACUGCCCGAGCCUCCUCCUCUCCGACGUGGAGUACUGCUUGAGGCCGACGCUGGUUUACCUCAAGGAGCUGGGGGUGAAGAAUCUGAACAGAGCGAGCAAGACGAACGCGCACGUGCUCAACACGAGGAUGGAGAAGCUGAGAGCGAAGGUGAGGUUUCUCAAGAGCAUAGGGUUUGAGCACGAGGAAGCGGCGAGAGUGUGUGGGAGGAUCCCGGCGAUAUUUGGGUACAGUGUGGAGGAUAACUUGAGGCCCAAGUUUGAGUUUUUGGUUUAUGAUAUGGAGAGAGAGUUGGAGGAGUUGAAGAAGUUUCCGCAGUACUUUGGGUUUAGCUUGGGGAGGAGGAUAAAGCCGAGGCAUUGGCAUUUGAAGAAGAAGGGCGUUAGGGUUUCGCUUAGUAGAUUGUUGAUGUGGGGUGAUCACAAGUUCUAUUCCAAGUGGAAACCAUGAUCAGUCUCUUAGUUUCAUUUGUUUUCCACUAUUGAUAUUAAAAAAUUGAUUCUCUGCUAGAAAAAUUUUAGCUGUGUUUUCAAGUAAUAAAAGUGAAUACAAAUCAUGUCCUAAUCUCGGGCGCCUUCA